GCGUCAUUUGUUUCGUUUUUGCUACGUAGUCUGGUUUUGGAUUCCAAUUUAGGGCAGUCGACCCCAAAUUCUCGAUUCAAUUUCUGAGUUUCUAUGGAGAAAAUGGGGGAGGUGGAGCCCAGUUUAGAAGUGUUCUUUGAGGAGAAGAAGAGGAAGAAGAACCCUCUUGUACCAGUUGGGGCCUUUUUGACUGCUGGUGUGCUCACAGCUGGCUUAAUCAGUUUCAGGCAAGGCAAUUCUCAGUUAGGCCAGAAGCUAAUGAGAGCUCGUGUGGUUGUCCAAGGUGCCACAGUAGCACUUAUGGUUGGCACUGCAUACUAUUACGGGGAGAAUCCAUGGAAGAAAAGUUAAACUAGUGAUUUCUAUUGUUUCAUUCCUUUGAUGCUGUUACAAGUUGCCAAAUACAAUUUUGUUUCAUUCUUGUUGAAGCGAAAUUUGGUAGCAAAAUGAAUUAUAUUUGUAUUCUCCUGAGAAGUGGAACGUUAUAGCGAGUGCCAAAUAUAUAAAUAACAGCUUUCAUAUUAGGAAAA